AUGAUGGGCUCAAAAGCACGAGCACGACGACGUCUCGACCUGUUCCUGCCGCUUUUCGUCGCCGUUUCCCUGCUCCAUUCGUGUGCGGCAGGGGUUACCAAGAACAACAGCUGUAAAAAAGUCGGUGAGUUUGAGGUUCGCUGUGAAAAACUGGACAGAAGCAUUACACCUAACAAUAAAUAUCAGACUUCUCUGGUACCGGCGCAGAACUAUGCCGCAGCAAUACAAAAAUGUGUUAUUGUAGGCGUCGAGGAGCUGAUCGAUGAAGAAGGCUGCGAUCUGAUGAUCAUUCGGAUCAACCGGUGCAGCGGUCACUGCUUCUCCUUCACUUUCCCGAAUCCGUUGACUAAAAAGUAUUCGGUUCACGCGAAAUGCUGUCGAAUGGUCGAAUGGGAAAUGGUUAGAGUUUGCUGUGCGUUUCAAUAGGUAAACAUCCGUUUUCAGUUGGAAACCGAAUUGAAGUGCUCCGAAGGGAAUCGAAAACUGCGAAUACCGUCGGCGACGCAAUGCGAAUGCUUCGACUGUCUCGUCCAGUAG